UGCACACUCACACGAUCAUUUUGCCAAUGGUGAGAAAACACAUCAUGAUUUUUUGGGUGAUUACCAUUCUGCUGCUGGAGGUUGUUGCGGCUGCAGGUGUAGCCCUGGACCCAUGCUCUGCCUACAUCAGCCUGAAUGAACCCUGGAGGAACACAGAUUACCACGUCAACCAGUCGUCCGGUGUGCCCCUGUGUGACAGCCACGUGUCUGGAGAAUGGUACCGCUUCACCGGCAUGGCCGGGGAUGCCAUGCCCACCUUCUGCGUUUCAGAGAACCACUGCGGCACCCAUGCUCCCAUAUGGCUCAACGGCAGCCACCCUCAACCCCACGAGGGCAUCGUCACCCUACCGGUGUGUGCCAGCUUCAACGACAACUGCUGCCAGUGGAACGCCAGCGUGGAUGUGAAGGCCUGUACUGGAGGAUACUUUGUCUAUCGCCUGCCCAGACCUUCAGUCUGCUUCCAUGUUUACUGUGGUCAUUUCUAUGAUAUCUGUGAUGAGGUGGACUGUGCUGGUCCCAAAUGUCCUGAGUCUGACUGUCGCUGUGCACCUGGAACUGUCCUGGGACCAGAUGGACAAACAUGCCUGGAUGUAAAUGAAUGUGAGAAAGGCAACGGGGGCUGUGCAGAGGUGUGUGUGAACACCAAAGCCUCCAGGCGCUGCGAGUGUGGGCCGGGCCGUGUGCUGGACGAGGAUGGACACAACUGCAGAGAGAUAGCCGGCUGUCACGUUGACAAUGGAGGCUGCAGCCAUGGCUGUUCCUCGCUGUCGGACUCCUAUCAGUGCCACUGUCCCAGGGGGCUGGAGCUGGGAGAGGAUAAACGCACGUGUCAGGUGCCAGUCCAGUGUGAUUCCAGCUCUAUCGUUGUGUCAGUCCCUAAGGACCUUGUCGGAGGACUGGAGCUCUCCCUGUCCAACUCGUCUUGUCGAGGUGUCUCCAACGGCACACACAUAAACCUCAGCUUCAGCCUCAAGACCUGCGGUACAGUGGUGGAGGUGACAGAUGACAAGAUUGUGGGUACCAACCUGGUGACAGGCCUCCCGAGGAGCAGCCCAGGCAGCAGCAGGGACUUGAUAGUCCGCACCAGCAAGUUAGUGCUCCCAGUCACCUGCGAGUUCCCCCGGGAAUACCAAGUGUCGGACGGGUACCAGGCCAGUCAGCGCAGCUCGGCCCUGGAGCUGGCUAGCCACAGUGAGGGAGUCUUCCCCUUCUUCCUGGAGCUCUUCAAGAGUGCGGAGUUCUCGGAGCCCUACCAAACCCCGCCGCAGCUCCGCCUGCACGACUCCCUGUUCUUCGGGGUGGAGCCAAAGGAGAGGGUGCAGGGCCUGUCUGCACUGGUGGAGAGCUGCUUCGCCACACCAGGGCCCAAAGCUGACGAGGCCCUCAAGUAUUACCUCAUCAAAGACGGGUGUAUCUCUGAUGAUACGGUGACACAGUACUCAUCAAAGGAUCAGCUCUCUAAGCACUACCAGGUCCCUGUCUUCAAGUUCAUUGGCAAGGACAACAGACAAGUGUUCCUCCACUGCCAGGUGUUGGUAUGCAGGGCGGGAGACUCGGACUGCGCUCGGCGAUGUCGAGGGCGUGUUCGCCGAGAGGUUCGGACCGGUAAACCUCAGCAGCAGCACACACUGAGCGGAGGCCCCAUCUUCAUCCUGCCUGACCAGUGAUGCUGACAUAAAGCCAUUAACUCAAACAGGAAGAAAAACACCAUGAGAACAUACUACUACAAACCAACUCUACAUACAAAAUGCAUUGCAGAGUAACAUGUAGAUUAAAGGAGAUGAACUGAUCAUUUCAGUUUAUUUGGUAUUUAAAUAGACAUAUACAUCAUAUACAUGCAGAUGUAGAGUAUAUACACUUUAUUUCUAGUUCCAGUGUCAGUCUCAGUGCUGUAGAUCACUUGAACUCUGCUUAACACAUCCAAGUUUGUGUGUGUCACUGCCACUUUGCCUGGCAGCACAAUUUACUGACGUUAAAGUGAAUGACAUUUCUAUUAGAAAUCAUUCGCAGGGGCCACAGUUCAUUUGUAACAACUCCAGCAUGAAGGAUGUUUUUCUAGGUCACACUUUCAGGCAUUCCUCAAGCUUGAUUACAGCUUAAAGACUUAAUGGAUUUAUAGAAGUGGUUCGUACAUCACACCAUCACUGACUUAAAAGAUACAUGUGGAACACCCAUAUUCUGACUUAUUUGCUCAAAAUAAUCGAUGGCUGUUGGUUGUUGUUGUCACACAUCACAGUGUGGCGGGAAAGAGAUAUCAGUGUGCCGAGCCAGGAAAUAACGCAUACACUUCAUCACUGACAAUUCAUUUUGAGUUAAUCGCCUCAGUUGAACUGCAAUUAGUCGUGUAGUCAUUCAUAAAGGAAGAACAAAUAACAUUUACUUGACACUGAACUUCAGCUUUGAGCAGACUAUCUUGAUAAAUAGCAGCACACAACAUCGCUUCAUAGUUAAUAAAUCAUGUCUUUCUAUCUAGAGGAAAUUAAUCCAACUACAAUAUCCUUCCCAUCAGGCACUUUGUUUGGAGUCAUCGUAGUAAUUUAUGGUAAUGGAGUCAUAGAGGCCUAAAAAUGGCCUACAUUGAAAUGGAGUAUGGAGAGCAAUAUGAAUACUCAGUUAAUUAAGAUUCUGAAAGUCAUAUCCAGAUACCUAAUGUAUGUAUGUACUGCCUAUGAAUAAAUCCUGAGAAACUGUU